AUGGGGGAGCUCGAGAGGGCCCGCAUCAAGCAAUUGCCAUCGGAUGCCUUCUACAUUGCCGACUUCAUCUCGGAGGUGGAGGAAGCCCUUUUGCUCCAGAAGAUCGGUACCGCUCCCCUACCGCGCUGGACGCAUCUCGCACAUCGUCGCCUUCAAACCUGGCCAUCUGCUUUGACCAAGACCAACACCCUCGUUGCCUCUCCGCUUCCCUCCUGGCUCGUCUCACCCAUAGUGACCCCGCGCUUCGAUGCCCUCAACAUCUUCCAAGAUGCCCCGCACGGCGCCCCGAAUCAUGUCCUGGUGAACGAGUACUGUCCCGGGCAAGGGAUCAUGCCUCAUGAAGACGGCGCAGCAUAUUACCCGCUCGUGGCUACUGUGAGCCUCGGAGCGCCGAUCGUGCUGGAUCUUCUGCUGGUCACCACGGACGGGAUCUACACGGACUUCUUGCAUGGGAUUGCGGAAACCGACAGGGACGAGCAACUCAGUGCCGGUUACAUCUGCAAUUGGGGCUUGCUGAGGGAGCCCGAACGGUACGAAUGUGGCUGGUCUCAGAGAGGAACUAGGAUCAGUCUAACUUAUCGUGACGUGCUCAAGGUCGCGAAGCUGGGAAGCACAAUGAAAUUCUUGAAUAGACGAUAG